ACAUCGAAUUUCCGCUACGCGGCGCUCCCAUCGUCAUCGAGAAAUAUUUCGUCGUGUCUUCAAUUGUUUUUGUUGAGAUUCGUUUAAACGUCGCGAGCACGUCGAUCGGCGUGUGCGAUGACUGUUUUCGGUUGUCUUCUUCGGAGUACAACCGUAGGAACGUUGCAGAUCCUUCAGUCUCAACCGACGUAUCUUCGUAAGAGCUUAGGAGUAUUCUUACGAAAUGCAUCGAGCUUCGUUCCAAAGAAAGUUCUCAUCGUUGCUAAAUUGACUCGAUAUUGUUUUGAAAAAUUACGCGAACCCAGUUUAAAUGAAGAACAAUUUAAAAAUAAAUUGUUGGAGAAAGGCUCCGAUUAUGAUUUAUUGUUCGAUACUUAUCGUGCGACUAAAGAUAUUGAAAAUGAGGUAACGAAGAUACUUAACAAACUUAACAUUGAAUACAAGAAAGUCGAUAGGAGCACCAUUAACAGUACCGACAUUAUGUGGGCUGACUUAGUUCUCCCCAUCGGCGGCGAUGGUACUUUUCUUUUAGCCGCCAAUUUAAUAUUCGACGAUAAAACGCCUAUACUAGGCAUUAAUUCUUAUCCUCGCAAUUCGGAGGGUUUCUUGAUGUUGCCGUCUUAUUAUACGAAUCAUAUACCUCGAAUCUUUGAAUUAUUAAAAGCAGGACAAUACGAUGUACUUAUGAGAUCUAGAAUUAGAAUUACUUUGAAAGGAGAAGGAAUUUGGGAUCCACCUUUCCACAUGCACGAAGAAAAGAAUUUUCUUGGCGUGGAAAGAUUCUUUUCCCAUGGACGACUUAAACCAACUAAUGCGAAUCAGUUAAACGAAAGAGUAUUGCCAUGGCUAGCACUAAAUGAAGCGUUCGUGGCCGAAGUGUUUGCAGCAAAGAUGAGCAAUUUGUUAAUUAAAUUUGACGACGAAGAAAAUUUCCAUAGAAUUAAAAGUUCUGGUAUUUGCAUAAGUACGGGCACAGGGUCGACGUCUUGGUAUAAGGCUAUAAAUAGUAUUCACCCACAGCUCGUGCGUCAAAUAUUUAGUUUAUUAAAUGGUCGCACGAAUUUUACAAAAACUGAUAUAGAUAAAAUAUGUUCCAAGUUUAAUCAUAGCUUACAUUUUAGUCCAGAAGCACAAAAUAUUGGUUAUGCUAUACGAGAUUUAAACGUAACAAAAGGAUUUCAAGCCCAAAAGAGCUUGGAGCGAUUCAAUUUUUGUAAAAAGUUAACAAUAAGAUCUUUGUGCAUGAAUGGAGGAUUGGUAUUAGACGGUGGUAUUGCGGUACAGUUCAAUUUAGGUACAACGGCAGAAUUUAAGAUAGAUCCGGAAGGUGCACUGCGAAGUAUUAUUCUUCUCUGAUCGUACGUGAGGAUAUAAAAAAGAUUCGACUGUAAUCAAACAGCACGAUCAGUGAAUUUAAAAACAAUAAUAACAUAUAAGAAAGAAUUGGCGCGGGGAAAGACAGUUACAGAAAUUUUUAUGAAAGAUAGCCAUCAAUCGUAUCUUUCGUUACGAAUAUUUAAUUUUUUUGCAGCAUUUAAAAAAUAACCAUUCUCUCCGUUAAUCUUGAAGACGGUUUAAAAACUUUGGAGGUUGCAUUUAAUCUAUUUUACGUCCAUAUGUUUCUUAAAAAGGGACACCGACAGUAAUUUAAUCACGUAUGUAUAAAUGUAAACAAUUAUAAGAAUAUUAAAUAUAUUUUCCUAAGAUUCGUCUUUCGAGAGAAAAAAAAAAAAAAAAAAAAGAAAAAGAACGAUUAUACUUUCGAAAUAAUAUAUUUUUAAUGUUACACGUAAGAACGAUGAAAGAAAAAAAAAAAAAAUGCCAAAUAGAAAAGCAAAGAAAAAAAGAAGAAAAAGAAAAACGAAAGCAUUCGGUCGAGAUCGUUCACCUUCGUAAGUGUUCGUUCGGUCGCGACGCCUAGUGGUAAUUACUUGAAGUAAGUUUCUCAUGAGGGACAAUCGUUCUUCGUUACGUCGCGACCGAAAGACGCGUGUGUGUUUACGUUCACGACCAUUCACCAUCCAAAGUGAGUCUAUGAAAAGUGUUGGACUUUGCGAGAUCGGCAAAUUCGGAUCGAUCUUCGAAGAAAGAGACGUUUUACGAUGUGCGUGCAGGAAGCUUGCCGCGAUAAUUUUUCUCAACCGGAUAUAUGAGGGUCCGGUGUGAAACAAAAAAGGUAACGACGAGAACGACGUUCGAGCUUUUCUAAAGUAUUGUAAAAGAACAAGGAGAGUUCUUCGUUGGUAUUAACAAUUUCAUAUUAUUAAUUCAAUCCUCUUUUUUUCGAACACGUGUUUCAAUAAUUAUUGAAGAACAACGCUAAAAAAGAAACAAAAAAGAAAAAGAAAGAAAAAUAAAAGUAACGUUUAAACGAUAGAUGAAAUUAUAAAAGUUAUUCAAUGGAUAUACACACGUAACGUUUUGUAUUUUGAGGUUAGAACGUAUCAUCGUUGGUGACAACCAUCGUAACUCAAAUAUUUGUACCAACGGUCGUUGCAGCCAUGUUUUUCUAUCGACGUUCGAUCGUUCGAGGAUCGAACGUACGAUUGAAAAAAAAUUAAAUUCAUGUUAAGUUAUUUUAUACGUGAGUGCUAAUUAACGAUGACGUAGUUUGACGAUAGGAAUAAUGAAAAGAAAUUAUUAAACCUUGUAUCGCGUCUAUCAAUAAAAUCAACUGUUGCACUCUU